UUUUUAAGAAUAAAUAAGAAAAUAUGGAGAGGGUUUUUGUUCUCCGUUUCCUCUCUCUUCAUCAAUCUCUUCGCUGCGUAGAAGAGCGCUGAAACUUUGUCACCCGAAGUCAAUCGGAAUCCAUCACCGCUUCUUGCUUGCAUCUGUUUGAUUCGGCUCAACUCUCUGGUAUUCGUAUUUUAAACGAAUUACUCUCCGGCUCCAAUCUCGAUUUCUCGUCGCUUUUUCUCCGUUUGGAUUCUCGCCUUUUCCCGGAAAUUCUCGUACUUUCUCCCUCCCCGUCGGAGUUUUGUGCUGGAGACGGCAGUUUGGUUGGUGGGUUUCGGCGUUCGGCGGUUGAGGUGUUUUUCUAGGGUUACUAGCUUUCCAUUUGAUGGAGCCGCGGGUGGGGAACAAGUUUCGGCUUGGACGGAAGAUCGGCGGUGGAUCUUUCGGAGAGAUCUAUCUCGGCACCAAUAUCCAGACGAAUGAAGACGUCGCGAUUAAGCUUGAAAAUGUAAAAACAAAGCAUCCUCAGUUGCUGUAUGAAUCCAAAUUGUAUAAAAUAUUACAAGGAGGAACUGGCAUUCCGAACGUAAAAUGGUAUGGUGUUGAAGGGGACUAUAAUGUCCUUGUGAUAGACUUGUUGGGGCCUAGUCUCGAAGACUUGUUCAAUUUCUGUAGUAGGAAACUCUCACUAAAGACUGUGCUAAUGCUUGCAGAUCAAAUGAUCAAUCGCAUUGAAUUUGUUCAUUCAAAGUCAUUUCUCCAUCGGGACAUCAAGCCUGACAACUUCCUCAUGGGUCUGGGGAGGCGUGCAAAUCAGGUGUAUAUCAUUGACUUUGGUCUGGCAAAGAAGUACAGAGACACUACAACUCAUCAACAUAUUCCUUACAGGGAAAAUAAGAACUUGACUGGAACUGCUCGAUAUGCAAGCAUGAACACUCACCUAGGCAUUGAACAAAGUCGUAGAGAUGAUCUGGAGUCCCUUGGAUUUGUUCUCAUGUACUUCUUAAGAGGAAGUCUUCCUUGGCAGGGACUCAAAGCUGGCACAAAGAAGCAAAAGUAUGAGAAAAUCAGUGAAAAGAAAGUAUCAACCUCUAUUGAGGCUCUAUGUCGGGGGUAUCCCUCAGAAUUUGCAUCUUACUUCCAUUACUGCCGGUCCCUGAGAUUUGACGACAAACCAGACUAUGCUUACCUGAAACGACUCUUCCGUGACCUAUUUAUCCGUGAAGGAUUCCAGUUUGAUUACGUAUUUGAUUGGACAAUCUUGAAGUAUCAGCAAUCACAGAUUGCCACUCCUCCCCGUCCUCUUGGUCCUGGAGUGGGGCCAAGUUCUGGCCAACGUCCUGUUAUUGCUAGCGCUGAGAAGCAAUCAGGUGAUGAGGAAGCUAGACCUGGCUGGUCAUCAGGAGAUCGUAGAUGCAGUUCGGGCCAAAUUUUAAACUCUGGAAGCAUAUCCAAACAAAAAGCUCCAGUUUCAACUGAUCCUGCCCUUUCUAAAGAUGUAAUGUUAUCUAGCUCCAGCUUCCUGCGUGCAAGUGGGUCAUCAAGACGUGCGGCUAUGUCAAGUGGCCGGGAGGCUGCUCUUGUGGGAACCGACUCUGAGCCUUCUAACCCUCAAGUCCCCGAAGCUGGCUCGGGCUCUCACCCAAGGAUCCAUGGUGGUCGAAGUUCACCUAUUGUCUCAACUGAGAAGAAGCUUUCACCUUCAGGAAGAAAUGCUACUUCUGUCAUUAAGAACCAUGAGUCCAAUCUCAAAGGCAUUGAGAGCCUCCAUUUUUAGUGGCUCGGGACGAAGAUCAUCUUAAACUCCCGGGACCGAAAUGUAUAUUCGAAACUAAAAAGAUACAAAAAAAAAAAAAGACGAGUAACUUUCUCAUAGGCUCCCGGAGGGAGAAAUACUUUUCUAUGUGUAUUGUUGUGUUUACAGGGAGGAGGGAGGCAGCCAAAGUUGCAAAGCAGUGCCCAGAAGAACGAGGAGGAAAAAAAAAAGAGAACGAGAAGUGAAUUUGCCCGUGAAGAAAGAAGACGAACUUUAACGGCGAAAAUUUACUCUGGUUAGGGUGUAAAAAGAUGAGUAACUCACCGUUCAUUUCUACUGCUUUGUUUGGCUUCUUACUGGUUGUGUUGUGUGUUGCUUUUCAUUGUCCUAAGUUAAAUGUGAUGUGUGUCAAGCAACAGCCAUUUGAUAUAGGGUGCAAAAAGCAUUUUCAUGCU